AUGUGGCCAGGCCCCGCGCUGCUGCUCCUGGGCCUGGGCCUGGGUCUGGGCAGCCAGCCGCCAUCCCUCGGCCCUCGCGGACUGCUCAGGUGCGCCCCGGGGUUGGGGCAGGACGAGGAGAGCAGCGUCGGGGGUGAUGGCACCGGUGGCCCGUCCCCGCGCACAGCCCCGCGCCGCGCCCUCCCUACGCUGCCCCGUAGAUGUCCCUCGGGCACAGCCACGAGGGUCCUCCUGAAAGUCAACUCCUCGGACCCCGCAGAUACCACGGCUACGGCGUCUUGCCAGACGGCCACCUGUACCAUGAAGCCGGUGAAGAUCAACAGGAACCACCAGAACGCUCCCCUUACCCUGAGCAGGAAGGAGGAAGUCACCCUCAAGGUCACUAUGUCCUGGGACUGCCCAGGAGCCAUGGAUGUUAGCAAGCGCUGGCUCUACUUUUCAGUGGCUUCUGUGAACGACACACCCGAUUGGAACCGACCUGUGCUCCUGCCUCAGGUACGGGAGACUAAUUUUUCCUCCAUCCACAUCCCCAAAUCUGCCCUGCCUUAUGGAGUAUAUGUGUUUAACUUCACGCUGUCCAUCAUCAGGUGUGACCCCACCUUGCCCCCGCUGACAAGCUCGGAUAGCAUCUACAUUUGGGUUAAAAAACGCUCCCUGGAGGCUAUUCUUUCUGGAGCGGCCAACAUGACUGUGAAUUUCUCUGAUGAACUGAUUCUGAAUGGAAGCAUGUCCCAUGACCCAGAGGCAGACAUUCCCACAGAGGGACUCCAGUUUUUUUGGUACUGUACCACAAAUCCAAGACACUAUGGUGGCAACUUCACAUUAGUAACCAACCAGGAUGUCUGUCACCCAGAGCAGGAUGCGCUGGAUUGGCCUUGGGCAAUGGGCUCUGUACUGACCAUUCUGCCAGAAACUCUUAGGGGCGAUGAUGUGUAUUACUUCAGAAUGGUGGUACGGAAACAAAACAGAAUUGCAUAUGCCGAUAAAACUGUACGGGUACUCAAAGGACCUCAACCUAAGGCUAUAAUUUUAUGCAUUGAAAAUUGUGAGCCCACUUUAGUUGUAUCAGAUAGAUUUUCUCUGUUUCUGGAUUGUACAGGCUGUGCCAGCCAGGAUUUCUAUAGCUGGUCCAUUUUGUCUCAAUCGGGUCAUGAAGUGAUGUUUGACUGGGCAGGGCAAGCUGUCACCAGGAGGAACGGGGCUUAUUUGUCUAUAAAAGCUUUUGCCUUUAGGAAUUUUUUGGAAAGUGGGUUUUGGGUUUCUCUGCAUCUAAUUUCUUGGAGUGGUGUGACCAUGACUUUGAGACAUCCUUUUGUCAUUAACCAUGGCCCUCAAAUUGGCAAGUGCACGAUUAAUCCAGCGAAAGGGAUUUCGAUGGUUACUAAAUUUGUUGUUGAGUGUAGUGAUUUUAAGGAUAAGAACCUCCCCCUUAAGUAUAAAAUAAUAGUAGCUGAUUUGGACAGCACUGGAGAAAUCAGUUCAGUGGAGGAGAAUACGCUGGGGACUAUCGCGUAUUUAGGGACACAGUCUACAACACCUGCCUUCUUUCUCCCUGUGGGGAUGGUGGCAAAUCGCUACAAUGUGAGGCUGUAUGCCCAGGUCUAUGACUCACUAGGGUCCUUCUCUCAAGUGACUUUGCAAGCCACUGUACAGAUGCCAACUGUCAGGGACUCUUCAAAGGACGUUUUACAACAGCUGCUCAGCUUCACCAUGGAUCCAGGGUCACCACUGUCUGCUUCUCUUCAAAAGCAGGACUGGUUACCCAUGGGCUACUCACUCUACGUGGUGGCUUCCGUCUUGAAUAGCAUAGAAAGGGAGCUCAAAUUCCAACGCGACAGAACCCAUCUCCUGGAGCGCCUCCUCGGCCAGUCUUUUGUGCCGUCUAUGAGCACGCUGGAUGAAAUUUGCCAGGUGGUAAUGGUGAUUACCAAACUAACACAGAAUGUCUCCGACUUCGGCCAAGUGGUUUUAACGGAUGCCACGUUACGGCUGUGGCAAGCAAACCAAGCCCUGCAAGCACACCAACACAAAAUCAAACACUCUCACUCCCGGCAGAUUGAAAUCGUGGCGGCUGGCAUCCUAAGCGGCCUGUCUAACAUUCUUAAGUGGAUUAACCCCUACAGUGUGUUCCAAGAUCCCUUCUUUGUAGUAGAAUCUCUCUCAGACACAAUCCUGGCUAACAAGGUGCCGGGUAGCAAAAUCACAGAACUAAGGACCAGCAGCUUCAAAAUGUAUGUGGAGAAAGUUGAAAACUGGGAUGUUUUUAAGACCUUCAGAAAUGAGACACGCUGCCCAAACUGCCUCCAAUCGACACUGAACACAAGCAGGGUUCCCGGGCUACCUUCAAAGGCUCCAGUUUCUAUUAUGUUCUGUGAGUUCACAGAUGACCCCUUUCCUUGGCUGACUUACCCGGAAAACAUUUCUGCAGAUGUGGUUGGGUUCAGGAUGACAGGAGCCACAGAUAAUGACGGCACCAUAGAGAUCACACCCGAUGUAGCAGAAGUGUAUCUGGUCAGAAAAGAUUUGACCAUUUCCAGUUUUAGCCUUAUGGUGGGACCAGGCAUGGAAAGUGCUGGGUUCUCAAAGAUGACAACAGGUGGAAUUAGUUUUGAGGUGGACAGCAGAGGGAUUGGGGAGGUAAUGGUCCAUGUUGUCACAGACGUGACAGUGUUGUUCAAGGCCUUGGUAUAUGCAGGCAGUCAGAUCACCCCCACCAAUCUGGUGGCCAUUUUCCUCGUACCUCAUGACAUCCCUCCCAUUGCCACAUGGAGGGGCCCGUUUGACCCAACCUGCCCAGUCAAGGAGGCCCGUGUGGUUUGUCUGCCAUCAUCCAUGCUUCGAAUCAUAGCUCAGCACAGCCGUUCAUUCAGGUAUAACAUAUCUGUGAUCCUACAGGCACCUCGUUUUGUCUUCAAGCCUACUAACAAGUUGGUGAGAAUUUCUCUGUUCACGGUUCACUGUUUGGAUAUGGAUGGGAUCCAGAGUGACUGGCGAGGAGGCACCUGCGUGUUGGGUGAGAAGACCACAUGGGAAAAAGUUCACUGUGUCUGCAGGAGCGUGGCACAGAGCCGGCGGCAGCUGACCUCUGUCAAGCUGGCCUACCCUCACCUACAGACCCGCUUUGUGACUGCUAAGGUGAUCAUGAUCCCCAACCCUGUGGAUCUGCAGCCAAAGAUCAUUAGCAACCUUAACAAAAACCCUGCGGCCUUCCUGGUUGUGCUUUUCAUUAUGGUUCUGUAUGUUAUUCUGGCUCUCUGGGCCUUGCACAGGGAUGCGAUGGAUCAGUAUCUCCGGGACCCUGUGGUAAUACUGACCGAUAAUGAUCCUUUUGAUAACAUAUGCUACCUGAUAACCAUCUUUACUGGGAGUCGUUGGGGGUCCAGCACCAGAGCCAAUGUCUUUAUCCAGCUUAUGGGAACAGAGAGUACCAGUGAUGUGCACUGUUUAAGCCAUCCAUAUUUUAGAACUCUCUCCCGAGGAAGCAUCAACACUUUCCUCCUAACAACAAAAAAUGACUUAGGGGACAUCAAUUCCAUUCACGUGUGGCAUGACAAUGAGGGCAAAGCGCCUAGCUGGUACUUAAGCCGAAUCAAAGUAGAAAAUCUCUUCAGCAGACGCAGCUGGCUGUUUAUGUGCCGGAGGUGGCUCUCUGUGGACACCAGUUUGGAUGCAACAUUUUCCAUCACCAACCUGGAUGAGCCUCUAAGGAAGAGAGACUUCUUCCUGAUUGACUUGAGUCAUAAGCUUGAGAAAACCCACAUGUGGUUCUCCAUUUUCACCGACGUGGUCCCCAAACCAUUCAACAGGCUCCAGAGGCUGUCCUGCUGCUUGGCCGUAUUGUUAAGCUCUCUCGUUUGUAAUAUCAUGUUUUUAAAUCUGAACAGAAAAGAGCAAACUGAGUCCAGACAGGGGCUUAUCAUCAAGUCAGGAAUCGAAAGUGUCUUAAUCACAAUCCCCGUGCAAUUAUUGAUAACCUUUUUCUUCACCUAUUCCCAGAAGGAAGCUCAAGUGAAUCUAGAUGAAGUGGCACCUCAGGAGCAUCCACUGAUGUCAGAGGAGAGUCUGUUCUGGAGAGAGAGAUUGAACAAAUGGCAUGAGUAUGAAAUGAAAGCUCUCCCCAGUGAAGCUUCCAAGUCCACCUCUGCUUCCAGGGGAGAGCUUUUAAAGAUCACCUUCAGAACCUCACAGAAGAGUAAGAAAGCAGGCAGCAAAGUCCUGGAUACCCAGAGGUCCAAUAAAAACUUCAGUAACAAUAACCUAGAAGACACUGAAGAUAUCCUUUCAAAAGCCUCCUCUACCCAACUAGAUAUCACUCAGCCCAUUAAAAAUAAGACCCAGAUUAUCCCGCCCAGCUGGUGUGUUUAUAUAGCCUGGUUUUUGGUGUUUGCCACUUCUGGCAUAUCAUCAUUCUUUAUCGUAUUUUAUGGCUUGGCUUAUGGCUAUGAAGAGUCAGUAGAGUGGUUCAUUGCAUCUUUCUGUUCUUUAUGUCAGUCUGUGUUCAUCGUACAACCGUGCAAGAUUCUACUGAGGUCAGGCAUCAGGACAAAAAACCCCAAGUACUGUAAGAACCUCCCAUGGUCCAGCAAGUACCAUUAUACAGAAAUCAGGCUGCAGGAGACAAGGAUGACGCUGGAAGAGAUGCAGCAGCUCCAUGAGGAUAUGGACUACAUCCGAGGCUUGAGCAUAUACCAGCCCAUCACCCUGGACAAACUCCAAAUACUCAAGAGGAAGAAGAGGAUCAGGAGGCGGUCCCUCUUGUUCUUGAGCUACCUCAUGACGCACUUCAUAUUUCUGACCCUUCUCCUGCUACUCAUCGUCUCACUGCACCAUAAUGACAGCUUCUACUAUAACCGCUUCAUUCGCCAACGGUUCUCCGUGGACCUUGCCACAGUGGUGAAGCUGCGAGAUAUCUACACAUGGCUCAGCAGUGUGUUCCUGCCUUUGCUACACAAUGACCUGGACCCAACGUUCCUCCCGGACAGCUCAUCCAAGAUCCUUGGCCUUCCACUCAUGAGGCAAGUGAGGGCCAAACCUAGCAACGAAACAUGUCUGUUGGCCAAGAAGUUUGGGCAGAGCAGCAUUGCAGGAGAAAUCCAUUGUCACCCACACUAUGGCAUUGACCCAGAAGACACGCAUCAGUAUUCCAGUGCUUGGAAUGAGGCUGGCAAGCCAUCCGCAUACGACACCAGCAACGGGUUUACUUAUAAGCCUCCAGGGAAGAAGUGGGUGUAUUAUUCCUAUGGAACACUAAACACAUAUGGAUCUGGAGGGUAUGUCUUCUACUUCUUUCCAAAACGACAGAUGUUGAAUUCCACGCUGAGGCUCACGGAGCUCGAGGGAAAGAACUGGCUCGAUGAGAUGACGUGGGCUGUGAUUGUGGAACUCACCACCCUGAAUCCAGACGCCAGUCUGAUGUGCACUGUUUCAGUUGUAUUCGAGGUCUCUCCCUUGGGGGUGGUCAACUCCAGCCUCUCUGUCUACGCCUUCUCACUGGCUGAUUUCAGCAGAGGGACAUCGGCAAAGAUCUACCUGUACGCAGCCAUUCUCAUGUUCUUCUGUGCCUACAUCGUGGAUGAGGGCUACAUCAUCAUGCGAGAAAAAGCCUCCUAUUUGAGGAGCGUGUACAACUUGCUCAACCUGUCUCUGAAGUGCACCUUCAGUCUGUGGGCAGUGUUGUUCUUGCAGAAGCACCUCCUGGCCACCAGCAUGGUCUGGCUUUACCUGAAUGACCCUGAAGCCUUCAUCCCCUUCCAUGCUGUUUCUCGGCUUGAUCACUUCAUGAAGAUCAGCUUGGCUUUCCUGCUGUUUCUGACCAUCCUGAAGACACUCAGGUAUUCCAGGUUCUUCUAUGAUGUGCGCCUGGCUCAGAAGGCCAUCCUGGCUGCCCUUCCUGGCAUCUGCCACAUGGCUUUGGUGGUAUCUGUGUAUUCCUUCAUGUAUGUGGCCUUUGGGUACCUAGUGUUCGGACAGCACGAAUGGAAUUACAGCAACAUGAUUCAUGCCACCCAAACCAUCUUCUCCUACUGUGUAUCAGCCUUUCAGAACACUGAAUUUUCCAGCAACAAGGUUCUUGGGGUCCUAUUUCUGUCAUCCUUUAUGUUGAUGAUGAUUUGUAUCUUCAUCAACUUGUUUCAGGCAGUAAUUCUGUCUGCCUAUGACGAGAUGAAGCAGCAUGUGUAUGAGGAGCCAUCUGAUGAGGCAGAGGCCAUAACCUAUCUGUGUGACAAGAUAAGAUCUGGGUUCGACUUUCUCACCUUCAGAUCUAGGGACAGGGACCAAUCCGACUUCUUCAUCGACAUGCUGUAUGGGCAGCCGGAGAAGAACAAUCGCCGUUUACUGGGCCUGAAGACCAGAAACAUCAAUGGGAAGAAAAGGAUUUAUCUUGUUGUCUGACUGGUGAUGGUCAGAAGGGCCAGCAGCAACAGUGGUCCCCAAACAUGACCUAUGUUUGUCAGGAGGACUAAAGGAUGCUUGAUGGCUUGGUCACCCCCCCACACACACACACAUCUGAAGCAUCCCCACUCUGGACCCUGCUCUUAGGAACAAGAACAUACGAACAGUGGGAAAUAUUGGGGGACAGAAGGUGGAAUUCCCUCUGGACGGGGGUCUGUGACUCCUGGUUCGGUGGCAGUACUCCUUUCGUGGCAGCCUGCAGCGGUGGGGAGGAGUGGCAGCCGCUCAUUUUCGAGACCCAACCUCAAGGGAAAGAGCUGGUCAGAUCCCAUCAUGGAUUCAGCCACAGCCCAGCAGCCUUUAAAGCAGAAGCAGGCUGGACAACCCUGCUUGUUGGGAGUCUGUAAAGGGAGUCUCCUUUAUAGACUGGGCCCUGGGAAGCCUCUCCUCUGGCAGGGCAGGGCUAGUGGGGGUCUGUGGGGAGUUUCAGGACAGGCUUUAGAGUUUGAUAACGCAGAGAUGAGAGCGGGGGACAGGGAUCUGAAGCUUCCCUCUCAACUCCCUCAGGCCACGCAUCUCCAGUCUACCUGGUAACAUUUUCCGACCAAGAAACACAGCCUGUCAACCAAAGUGCACAGAGGUCCGUGUUGAAAUACAGUAUACAUUCUACGUACUGAAUGCAACAAUGUGUCUGAUUAGUCGGGCACCCGGUUAUUAUAUUUAUGAUUAUCUUCACGGAUUAUUGAGGAGCAAGGAAACGUGGUUUACUGUUCAAGAAGAACAAGGGCUAACAGUGUAAUGCUGUUACUCAGAAGCAUGUACCCUUAUGUUGAUGCCACUUUAAGUUUUAUAUGAAUUAAAGUUGAGAUUUCUUCUA